CCGGGCCCAGCAUGCGCGCGGGGCCCCGCCGCCACCAUGUACGUGGGCUAUGUGCUGGACAAGGACUCUCCCGUGUACCCCGGCCCCGCCAGGCCCGCGGGGCUCGGCCUGAGCCCGCAAGCCUACAACCCCGCGCCCCCGCAGUACCCCGACUUCACCGGCUACUCGCACGUGGAGCCGGCCCCCGCGCCCCCCGCCGCCUGGAGCGCGCCCUUCCCGGCGCCCAAGGACGACUGGGCCGCCGCCUACGGCCCGGGGCCCGCGGCCCCCGCCGCCAGCCCAGCCCCACUGGCAUUCGGGCCGCCUCCGGACUUUAGCCCGGUGCCCGCGCCCCCGGGACCCGGCCCGGGCCUCCUGGUGCAGCCCCUCGGGGGCCCGGGCGCACCGUCCUCCCCGGGAGCGCAGAGGCGGACGCCCUACGAGUGGAUGCGGCGCAGCGUGGCUGCUGGAGGCGGCGGUGGCAGCGGUAAGACCCGGACCAAGGACAAGUACCGCGUGGUCUACACCGACCACCAGCGCCUGGAGCUGGAGAAGGAGUUCCACUACAGCCGGUACAUCACCAUCCGGCGCAAGUCAGAGCUGGCUGCCAACCUGGGGCUCACCGAGCGGCAGGUGAAGAUCUGGUUCCAAAACCGCCGGGCGAAGGAGCGCAAGGUGAAUAAGAAGCAACAGCAGCCUCCGCCUCCGGCCCAGCCCCCGGCCCCGGCCCCCGAGGUUCCAGCACCGAGGCCUCCCCUCGGGGGCCUGUGCCCCGGCUCUGCCGUCCUCCUGGGGGCCUCCUCCCCGCUGCCUGUCAAGGAAGAGUUUCUGCCCUAG